AUGAAGAGCCAAUUCAUCCUGAGUGGCCUCAUCGGCCUGGCCAGCCUCGUCAGCGCUGGCCGAAGCAGCCAAUCGGGCGACGCGUUCCUCCGCCGACACAUGCCCGAGUUUCAGGCGGCGCACCACAUGCGCCGUCGCGCGGUGGCCGCCGCCGAGCCCAAGAACCAGACCGGAGAGGUCCUGCCGCCGCGCUUCCGCGACAACGGCACCGAGAAAUUCUUCGUCGACGGCAAGAAGCUGCCGCUGAUCAACUGGGAUGUUGGUGAAUCCUACGCGGGCAACCUCCCAAUCACGGACAAGAAGAAUGAGACGAGCGAGCUCUUCUUCUGGUUCUUCCCCACUGCGACCAAGGAGUUCGUGGAGAAGAAGGAGAUUGUCAUCUGGCUCAACGGCGGUCCUGGAUGCUCCUCGCUGCUCGGAUUCCUCGAAGAGAACGGUCCCAUUUCCUGGGGCGAGGGCAUGGAAAAGCCCAAGCGCAACCCAUUUAGCUUUCAUCUUCUGUCCAACGUUGUCUGGCUCGAGCAGCCCGUCGGCGUCGGCUUCACCAAGGGCAAUGAGACCAUUUACAACGAAGACGACAUUGCCAAGCAGUUCAUCGGCUUCUGGAAGAACUUCUCCAAGACCUUUGGCCUGGAGGGAUGGAAGGUCUACAUUGCCGGCGAGUCGUACGCCGGCAUGUACGGCCCUUAUCUCGCCAAGCACAUGCUCGACCAAAAGGACAAGAAGUACUACGACCUGAGCGGCCUGCUCGUCUACGACGGCAUCUCGUGGGGCGACGAGCUGCAGUCGUCGCCAGUCGCCUUUCCGUACCUGGACCAGCACUACAACCUGAUGCCCGUCGACCAGCCUGCCUUUGCGAAGCUGCGCGACCUCGACAAGUCCUGCGGCUUCGCCGACUUCCGCCGCGAGUAUUUUGUGUACCCGCCCAAAGGCCCGAUCCCUAGCCCGUUGCCCCAUGCCAAGGUGCAUCCCAACGGGAGCUACGUCGACCGCGGCUGCGCCGAGAUUUUUGAUCUCAUCUACAUUGAAGCGCUCAAGAAGAACCCGUGCUUCAACAUUUACAACAUUGUGGACCGUUGCCCGGAGCGCAACGAUCCGCUGUCCGGCAAGGACUCCUGGUUCAACCGCCGCGAUGUGCAGUCGGCAAUUCACGUCAAGCCGCACGUCAAGUGGGCGCAGUGCAAGCAGGUGUUCCCCGACGGCGUCGAAGACCAGUCGGAGCCCGCGGGUGUGCAUGCUCUCCCGCAGGUGAUUGAGCAAACCAAGAACGUCAUCAUCGCGGAGGGCACGAGCGAUUACCUCUUGUCACUCAAUGGCAUCCUCUUAGGUAUCCAGAACAUGACCUGGGGUGGCAAGCUUGGCUUCCAGCAGGCUCCCAGCGACCCCUUUUACGUUCCCGCCUAUGGCUACGACCCUGAAAAGAUGUACGACGAUGACUACGAUUCCAACUUUUAUGGCCACGAGCUCCCAGCCGGCUUCGGUGUCAUGGGAACCUCUCACCAUGAGCGCGGUCUCUGGUUUGUGGUUUCGCAGCUGGCCGGACAUGAGGGACCCGAGUACACGCCUUCUGCGUCGUUCCGUAUCCUGGAGAAGCUCCUGGGUCGCAUCGACAGUCUGAGCCAGGUGUCCGCCUUUACUCUGCCCCAGAUCAGCAACAUUACCCAGCCUAAGGGUGAGCUGGGCAACGGCACUGUCAAAAUUCCCUGCUGGACGAGAGAUUGCUAA